AUGGCUCCAGACAAGUUCCACUUGUUUGGUAGUAUUGGUACUGUUUCGGAGUUUGAAGUGACGGAUGAUUGGAAAUUGUACCAGGAAAGACUGGAACAAUAUUUCCUCGCUAAUGCCAUUGAAGAAGGAAGGAAGGUUCCUGUAUUACUGUCAGUAGUUGGAUUAAAUACUUACAAGAUAAUUAAGGAUUUGAGUGAUCCGGUUUUACCUAAAGAUAGACCGUAUACAGAAAUUUGUGAUUUGUUAAAUGGUCAUUUUUCUCCAGCAGUUUCGGUAUUUCGAAAACGGAUAGAGUUUUAUAAUCUUCGACAAGGUGAAGUUGAAACUUGUGGAAAUUGGUAUGCAAAACUGAAAAAUGCAGCCAUCGAGUGUAAAUUUGGUGCAAAACUAAAUGAUGUACUCAAGGAUAAGUUUGUAUCUGGAUUAAGAGCAGGAAAAGUGUUGGACCGACUCUGUGAAGAGGAUCCUGAAACAAAAACGUUAAAGACUAUGGUCGAACUGGCGCUGAAGUAUGAAUCAACGGUUGUUAAUUCAGUCAGGGACAUUAACGUGGUGAAUACUUACAAGGGCAAAAAUUACAGACACUAUGUAGACAAGAGGGCACCUAAGAACUAUAAGAACAUGGGCAAUGAAAAUGCGACAACAGUUACAACAGGAGCAGCGAAGCUGGGACCGUCUACUACAAGUAAAGCAGCCUGUUUUGCAUGCGGUAAGAGCAACCAUAAAUUUUCUGAAUGCAGGUACAAAGAGUUUAUUUGCAAUGUAUGUAAGACCAAAGGUCAUUUAGCAAAAGUGUGUAAGAGUAGGAAAAACAACUAUAAGGUUAAGUCUAAUAAUUAUGUUAACUCUGAGGAAACUCAGAAAUUGGAUAGCUUGGGUAUGGAUUUUAUUAAUAUGUUUAGUUUAAAUGAAGUUAAUUUCUGUGAACCUUUUAUAAUUAAAAUGUUAGUUAAUGGGGUACAGUUAGAAAUGGAACUAGACACUGGUGCAGGAGUGUCAGUUUUACCAGAAAAUAUUUUAAAAGGAAAAUUAAGAAUGUAUGAGAUUAAACCUACCUUUGUGAAACUCAAGGCUUAUGAUGGAGCAAUAAUUGAACCGAUUGGUGAAGUGGAAAUGUGUGUCGAUUAUAAAUCAAUAAAAAAAAAGUGUAAGUUUUUGGUUGUUUCAAGUGAUAAUAAACCGUUGGUUGGUCGAGAUAUCAUGGCAGAGUUUGGUAUUGGAGUUAACAACCUGAUUAAUGUUAACAGUAGGAAGUUAAAUUUGGAUAAGUUGUUACAUGAAUUUAAGGAUAUUUUUAGUGAAGAGAUUGGUACUUACAAUUUUGAAAAAAUUAAUUUGAAGCUUAAGCCAGAUUCAAGUCCAGUAUUUGUCAAACCAAGAAUGGUUCCUUUUGCGUUUAAAGUUAAAGUAGAAGAGGAGUUAAGUAGAUUAGAGAAGGAAGGUGUCAUUACCUUAGUGGAUAAUAAUGAUUGGGGAACACCCUUGGUGCCUGUGCUAAAAAAUAAUGGAGAAAUAAGAAUUUGUGGUGAUUAUAAAACUACAGUGAAUAAGUUUUUAGAGGAUGUUAAGCACCCUCUGCCCAAGGUAGAAGAGUUAUUUGUAGCUUUACAAGGUGGAAAAACUUUUUCAAAAAUUGAUUUUAGAAAUGCAUAUAAUCAAUUGGUGUUAGAUGAAGAGACAAGAAGACUUCUGGCUUGGAGCACACAUAAAGGAAUUUAUUUGGUAAAUAGGUUGCCAUAUGGAACCAAACCAGCAUGUGCAGUUUUCCAGAAAAUAGUUGAAAAAGUUUUGCUUGGUUUAAAGAACACAAUGAAUUUUUUGGAUGAUGUGAUAGUAACUGGUGCUACGGAUGAAGAGCAUACUGAUAAUUUAAAAGCAGUUUUUAGUAGGCUAAAAGAAGCAGGUUUUCGUGUGAACUUGAGUAAAUGCAGUUUUUUUCAAGAAGAGAUUCAUUACUUAGGUCAUAUAAUAUGUGCUAAAGGUCUUAAGAAAGAUAAAUCUAAGAUGGAGGCGAUUAGGUUAGCCCCUAGACCACAAAAUGUGCAUGAAGUAAGAGCUUUUGCAGGCAUGGUAAAUUACUAUGGUAAAUUUAUUAAAAACUUGUCAGGUUUAAUGGAACCCAUUUAUCAAUUAUUAAAAAAAGGACAACAGUUUAUUUGGUCUGAUAAAUGUGAGAAGGUUUUUUGUAAAGCGAAAGAGUUAAUGUGUUCGGAUGACAUUUUGGUGCAUUAUGACCCUUCUUUGGAACUAGUAUUGAGUUGUGAUGCUUCUCAAAAAGGCAUAGGUGCAGUGUUAUCUUGUAUUUUACCUGGUGGCAUAGAAAAACCUGUUACAUACAUAUCAAGAGUUUUAAAUGAAACGGAACAAAAGUACUCAGUUAUUAUCAAGGAGGCGUUGGUAAUUUUUUGGGCGGUUCGAAAACUAAAUCAGUAUUUGCUAGGAAAAAAAUUUGUUUUGAGGACAGAUCAUAAGCCUUUGUUGGCAAUAUUUGGAGAAAAGAAAGGUAUACCAGUUAUGGCAGCGGGCAAGUUACAACGUUGGGCUAUGUUUUUAGCUGGUUUUGAUUAUAAUAUUGUUUAUAUUAAGGGAAGCGAAAAUGGUGCGGCUGACGGAUUAUCUAGACGUCCUUUAGAAGUGAAAGAGGAGGACUUAGGUGAGGAUUAUUUGAAAUUUGUCGAAAGGUCCUGUCCUAUUGAUGCUUGCAUGAUUAGAGUUGAAACAAAAAAAGAUAGGAUUCUAAGUGCAGUUUUAUCAGUUAUUAAUGGCGAUACAGUGUUAGAAGAAAUGUCAGCAGAAAUGAAAACUUUUAUUAAUAAAAAAGAUGAGUUAUACGUUGAAGAAGGAAUUAUUAUGUGGGGUUAUAGAGUUGUCAUACCAAAAGUUUUACAGGAAGGAUUACUUAAUGAGUUACAUGGUGCACACAUGGGUGCAGCUAAAAUGAAGAAUCUAGCUAGAACUUAUUUUUGGUGGCCAAAUUUAGAUAAAGAUAUUGAAAAGUUUGUUAGUAGUUGUAUUUUAUGUGUUGAGGCAAGACCGAACCCACCAUUAGCCAAGUUAAUUAAGUGGCCAGAUAGUGUUGGUGUUUUCGACAGAGUGCACAUUGAUUUUUUGGGUCCAGUCUCUGGAAAAAUGUUUUUUAUUUUAACUGAUGCUUUUUCUAAGUGGCCUGAAAUUUAUGAAAUGCCUAGGACAGAUUCGAAAUUCAUGAUAGACAAACUCAAAGAUAUUUUUGCAAGGUAUGAAUAUAGAGAAUUUUGUCAUCGUAAUGGUAUUAGAGUGAUAACUUCACCACCGUUUCAUCCAUCUACAAACGGGGCAGCCGAAAAUGCUGUUAAAACUUUCAAAGCUUGUUUGUUGAAGUUUAUUAAGGACAGUGGUAAAGGCAUGUCAGUUAGUUCUGUGAUUAGUAGGUAUUUAUUUAACUAUAGGAACACACCGCAUUGGGUAACUGGAGAAUGCCCUUCAAUGUUAAUGUUUGGCAGAAAAGUGCGUACUAGGUUGGAUUUAUUAAGGGAGUUCGGAGGUAGAAAGGAUGAUCAGUUUAAAAAUUUCAAAGGAAAAAGAGAAGUAGAAUUUGAGGAAGGUGAAAUGUGUUUUGCCAGAGAUUACAAAAAUCCUAAUAAGAGAUCUUGGAAAAAGGGAGUAGUUGAAGAGGUUCUUGGAAAAAGAAUUUAUUUAGUGAAGAUACUAGAGAGUAAUGUGGUAUGGAAAAGACACUUAGAUCAAAUGAUCAAGGCUGGUGACUUCUAUAGGAACCCAAGUGAGAACUUAGAUUAUGAAAAUGAACAAAAUAGUGAUGUGAGUAAACAAUUAGAUGAUGAAUUAGAGAAGGAGAUAGUAAAAGAAAAGUUGGACUUAGUACUAGGUGAAGCUUCAGUUGAGACUCCUAAGAGUGAUGAAAUUGGUAGAUUGAAGAUACUAGAGAGUAAUGUGGUAUGGAAAAGACACUUAGAUCAAAUGAUCAAGGCUGGUGACUUCUAUAGGAACCCAAGUGAGAACUUAGAUUAUGAAAAUGAACAAAAUAGUGAUGUGAGUAAACAAUUAGAUGAUGAAUUAGAGAAGGAGAUAGUAAAAGAAAAGUUGGACUUAGUACUAGGUGAAGCUUCAGUUGAGACUCCUAAGAGUGAUGAAAUUGGUAGAUGUACAAAUCUUAGGGCAGAGAUAUGUAACAGUUUGGCUACACUGCUUGGCCGGCUGUUCUGCCUUAUAGGUUAUAUUUUGUAUUAUAUUAAUUAA